AUCAAGUAAAAACCACUUCUAAGGCCAUAGUUUCAUGGUACACAAUAAGACAAACGGCAUUCGUUAGUUUUGUUAGAAUGUUUACAAAAUAAAGUGCACAACCUGACUAACUGCUUACUAUUGCAAGGAACGAGUUAGUGAGCUGUUCAGAAUCGAUAGUUAGAUAUGAGUGAUUUCUUGAAGAUUAUAUUUAUAGUAAUCAGCUUUCAAGCAACAUCAUCCAGGAGACAUGAUUCGUCAUCAGAGGAAAGCAUCGAGAACCUUCUCUACUACAAGGACUGCCAACGUCCAAAAGAAGAAACGACGACAGCUUCCUUAGAGCCUUUAAGACUUAGAGUUGCCGAGGAAAGAGAAGAACCUCGCAGAGAGCCAGAGUGUCCUUUCCCGAGAAUGUGCUGCUCGAUGACAUGCGGCAACGAGUGCAACCAGCCCUUUACAAACAGACCUAUUGAACCGCAAAACACGUCACCAAAUGUCAGGCAACCGAAUAAACCAGUACAGCCCCAAAUCAAUCAGCUACGGAAAAAGAAAAUAAAGCCUAUGGGAAUGCUGCCGCCAAUCGGCGGACGAAGGAGUUUUGGAUUGACGAAAGAGAAAAUCAAAGGCCUGAUCUCGCACGAUGACGACAUAAGGAAGAUAUUGAGGGACCUAGUGAGGGUGACAAUGCAGAAGGUGGAGGUGUUAGACAUGAUACAUAAUAAUAAAAACGGUGUUCGUGCACGCAAUAAUGACGAUGAUGAUAAUUUUGAAUACGAUUAUGCUUACAAUAAAUAA